GGGGGCGGGCCCGCGGCGGGCUGGCCGGGCGGGAGCUGACAAUGAGCCUCCAUAAAAGGGAGCGGCAGGGGGCAGGGGCCCCGGAUUGAGCCCUCCCCGCCCGGGCUCCCGACGCGCCGAGGUCUCGGGGAGGCCCGGACGCGCCGGUCGCAAGCCCGGCCGGCGAGUGGCGGGGAGGGGGCUGCGCGGGGCGGGCGGCGGGCCAGACGCUGUUCCGGGCGGGAGGCUUGAGGCGGCCGCCGGUUGCGCGCCGAAGCCUGCGCGCCAGUCCUCCGGCCACCGCUUUCGCCCACGGCCGCACCAUGGCCGUAAAGGCCGAGGGCGCCGCACUCGACUGCUUUGAGGUGACGCUCAAAUGUGAGGAAGGGGAGGACGAGGAGGAGGCCAUGGUGGUGGCCGUAAUUCCGCGGCCUGAGCCGAUGCUCAGAGUGACCCAACAGGAGAAGACCCCGCCACCUAGACCCAGCCCGCUGGAGGCAGGCAGUGAUAGCUGUGAGGAGCCCAAGCAACAGGUGUCUUGGGAGCAGGAAUUCCUGGUGGGCAGCAGCCCCGGAGGCAGCGGGCGGGCGCUGUGCAUGGUGUGUGGAGCUGAGAUCCGGGCACCCUCGGCCGACACGGCGCGCUCGCACAUCUUGGAGCAGCAUCCUCACACCCUGGACCUGAGCCCUUCCGAGAAGAGCAACAUCCUGGAGGCCUGGAGUGAAGGAGUGGCCCUCCUGCAAGACGUCAGAGCUGAGCAGCCAUCCCCACCCCACUCAGACUCAGGCCAGGAUGCCCAUCCAGACCCAGACUCCAACCCAGACCCUGCCAGAGUGCCAGCUGAAAUCGUCGUGCUCCUCGACUCUGAGGAUAACCCAUCUCUCCCUAAAAGGAGCCGUCCCAGGGGACUUCGCCCCCUUGAGCUUCCUGCUGUCCCUGCCACAGAGCCAGGAAAUAAGAAGCCACGUGGUCAGAGAUGGAAGGAGCCCCCAGGGGAAGAGCCAGUCAGGAAGAAAAGAGGCAGACCUAUGACCAAAAACCUGGACCCUGACCCAGAGCCUCCAUCGCCAGACUCGCCCACGGAGACUUUCGCGGCACCAGCAGAGGUCCGACACUUCACUGACGGCAGCUUCCCCGCUGGCUUUGUCCUGCAGCUCUUCUCCCACACCCAGCUCAGGGGCCCAGACAGCAAGGACCCACCCAAAGAUGGGGAAGCGGCAGAGGGAGGCCUUCCCCGGGCAGAGAGCCUCUCUCCAGCUCCUCCUUCAGGGCUCCGCGGGACACUGGAUCUCCAGGUUAUCCGCGUGCGGAUGGAGGAGCCCCCGGCGGUCAGCCUCCUGCAAGACUGGUCCAGGCACCCCCAGGGCACCAAGCGUGUGGGAGCAGGUGACACCCCAGACUGGCCCACAGUUCUGUCGGAAUCCAGCACUACUGUGGCGGGGAAGCCAGAGAAAGGGAAUGGGGUGUAGAUUCUUGCUUUCCUGGGGAGGGGAGGGAGGGAGGGAGGGAGGAGGCAGCAGUGUCCCCCUGUGGCUUAUAACUCAGAGCUGCCCAGCUCAGCCACCUGGUGGAGAGAGUAGAAACAGGUACCAGGGCAGGAGGGGGCUGGGCAGCGUCCAUUGUUAUUUUGAGGCACUGGAAAGUGUCUGCUCCUGGCCAGGCCCGAGGUCCGCGAGGGUGGCUGAGGCUGUCGUGCAGUAGGGCACUGGGCCUGUGGAGAACACCUACCCCAGUCCUUCGCUGACCCCCACCUCUCUCUGUCCCCCAUGACACCCUCCCCCGCCUCCCCACCAUUCUCCCUUGGCACAGUGCCUUACACAAGAGUGGUCAUAAGGGGGUUUGAACUGAGUCCCACUACCUCGGGGGACGCUUCCCCUCCCCACUUGUUCAGGCUCCUAAACCAGGAAGCCUCCAUUACCUCUUCCUGUCCCAACCCUGCAGAGGCCUGAGGCUGCCUGGCUGGGUGCCCCAUUCAUUCCCAUUCUCUUUUUCAUCUGUUUUCCUGUUGUAUAUAUCACCUUUGUUGACAAUAAAUUAUUUUUUUUUAUUAAGA